CAUUUAUUGUUGAACGGCAACAAAUCGUCAGGAGGGAAGUUUAUCGGGUGAGUUAAACACUUGAACCCAGCCGUCAAGGGAGUGAUCUGUGGAGAACGAACAAAAAUGAGGCCUCAGAUAAUACUAUUCGGGGACUCCAUCACUGAGCAAUCCUUCAGAUCAGGAGGAUGGGGUGCUGCUCUUGCCAACAAUUACUCUCGCAAGGCUGAUAUUCUGAAUCGUGGGUACGGUGGAUACAACACUAGGUGGGCUUUGCUCUUGAUGCAUCACCUCUUCCCUCUGCAAUCUAUCCAGUAUCCUGCUGUUACCACUAUUUUCUUUGGGGCAAAUGACGCAGCGGUUUCUGGGAGGACAAGUGAAAGGCAGCAUGUGCCUCUUGAGGAAUACAAAGAAAAUUUAAGAAAAAUGGUUCAACACCUCAAGAAAUGCUCACCCACCAUGGUACUUGUGCUUAUAACUCCACCACCAGUUGAUGAGGAAGGCCGCUUAGAAUUUGCUAGGUCUUUAUAUGGCGACAAAGCAACGGAAUUGUCAGAAAGGACAAAUGAAGUGGCAGGAGAGUAUGCAAAGCAGUGUGUUGAAUUAGCCAGGGAGUUGGGUCUCCCGUCAAUAAAUCUAUGGUCCAUAAUGCAGGAAACAGAGGGUUGGCAGAAGAAAUUCUUAAGUGAUGGUUUGCACCUUACGCCAGAUGGCAAUGCUGUUGUCUACGAUAAACUUGAGAAAGUUCUCAGUGAAUCUUGGUUCUCUGCUGCACAGUUGCCCUAUGAUGUUCCUCACCACUCUGAAAUUGAUGGAAAGAAUCCAGGGAAAGCUUUCCAGAUACAAUGUCCAGGACUACAACAAUAAACUUCUCUAGAGGAGGUUGCGGGUUUCCAUCGUCACUCAAAAGAAAAAACAAUAAACUUCUCUAGAGGAUUGAUCUUCAACAUGUCUGUGCCUGUUUGCAAUAAUCUUGUGAUAUUUCUUGAGCUGGUGCAAUGUAAUUGCAAAGCAGAGCGACAGUGCAAAAACUUCAUUUCAAUUGAGAUCAUCAUUUGUUAUCUUUUCUGAAAAUUUUUCCAGCACAAUCUGAAUGCUGGUGUGCUCUCAUGGGAUGGAAAAUAUUGUGUAUUCAAAACCAAUUUGAAGUUUUAAUUACACCAUUCUUUUGUUUUUAA